AUGAACCCGGUGGAUGAGAUGUUCCCUGAGGGCCGGGGGGAUGAGGCUGGAGGUAGCACUGGGCUCUUGAUGGACCUGGCAGCCAAUGAGAAGGCUGUUCAUGCAGACUUUUUAAAUGAUUUUAAAAGUGUUGAUAUCGCUAGAAAUGAGGACCUAGUCAACCAAUAGAGGAACUGUCUGAACCAACUGGGUACUGAUGUCUCUGGGAAU